GCUGAUAUGCCGUGAUGUUUUCAUUUUGCUGUGUUCUCCAAACAUUGUUUAUUACUGUGUAAAUUGCACAAAAACCUCUUUUAUUUGUAUAUAAAUGCCAAUUCGCGAGUGAUAUGCUUUACCUCUGAACAAGUGUAAAUUUUGUGAUAAUCGAAAGACUGUAAUCGCAACGGAAAAGUGCUCAAUUAUCAGUGAUUUAUUAAAUUAGGAACUUUAUCAGCUGCCAUAAGCCAGCUCAAUAGUGAUCAACUCAAAAUAAGAAAGUGCCACAACAACAAUCAGGGGGUAAAUAGAAAUCUACACGAGCCAAACAAUUACACCCGAAGCGAGGCGGUAGAUACGAACCUCAAACAGAUACAAAUACGAGCCCACAAUGAGAAUAGUUGGAUCCAGUAUGCUAUCAGCCCUCAAGCGGCUCUCAACGAACCAGCCCCCAACCUUGGUCAGUAACAUCCGAUCUUUGAGCUCUUUUGGAACCAUGAGCCUGCCGGAGCGCCAGCCCUUCUCUCCGGACUUCUUCUUUCGUCAACUUUUCGAUGGAGAAAGCAGCACCUAUAGUUACCUGCUGGCCGAUCUGAAGAAUGGGGAGGCCGUGAUCAUUGAUCCUGUCUUGGAGCAGGCAAAACGAGAUGCCCAGUUGGUCAAGGAUCUGGGCUUUCAGCUAAAGUAUGCCAUCAACACCCACAUGCAUGCGGAUCACAUAACGGGCAGUGGUUGGUUGAGGAAACUAACUGGCUGUCAAUCUGUGAUUGCUGCCGCCAGUGGAGCGAAGGCGGAUCGUCACCUGAAGGAGGGGGAUCGCAUAGAUUUCGGCACCCAUGUGAUUGAUGCCCUGGCCACUCCGGGACACACAAAUGGCUGCAUGAGCUAUGUGAUCAAGGAUCAGGGUUGUGUCUUUACCGGAGACACUCUGCUGAUCCGAGGCUGUGGACGCACCGAUUUCCAGGAAGGCUGUCCACGUAAUCUCUACGAGAAUGUGCACAGCAAGAUCUUCACUCUUCCGGAGAACUUCCGCAUAUAUCCGGCGCACGACUACAAAGGUCAAAUGGAAAGCAGUGUGUGGGAGGAGAAGCGCUAUAACCCCAGACUGACCAAGGACAUUGAGGAGUUUGUCAAAAUCAUGGAAAACCUGAAUUUGCCAUAUCCCAAGAAAAUAGAUGCCUCGCUGCCCGCCAAUCGGGAAUGCGGAGUGUACGAUAUACCCAAGGAGUAAUCCCAACCCCAGAAAGCACUAUACACGCAGCUUUUAUAAUAAUGUUUCAAAGAGAUUUGUAAUCUUUUAAAUAAAUAAUCAUAAUAAUCUUAUCACGA